AUGGGCAACUGCCUCGCACGCGCAGCCUUCGCGGCCAUGCCGGUCAAGUUCCACUGGGCGACCCCGCCAGCGGCGUACGUCCCGCAGCCGCAGCACUGGACGUAUGCCGUGGCCGCGCCGUACUCUGCCGACCGGACGCGGUUGACCGACAUAGGCUGGGAGACGGGGCUGUACGCCGAGUCGCCCGCAGACGCGGCAUCGCUGGCCGAGGGGCUCGACGAGUCGUGGGGCAUCACCGACCGCGUCUCCCUCCUGGCCCAGCUGCACUCGCUCCUUACCGACGGCCACCGGUCCGAGUACAACGCGUGGCGAGAGCACUGGCAUGGCAGCCUCACCGCCGAGGCCGACCUGCGCGAAGAGGGCGACGAGGACAACCUGCAGCGGUACUUGUGGUUCAAGGACGAUGCGUUCGGCUCGCGCACGAUCAACUUUCUCGCAUGGGACCUCGUGCGGUUCGCCUUCCUUGCCAUUUCCGGCGCAACACUGGGCUACAUCACCAUGGAGGAGCGGGACGACGCGCUGCGUCACCUCGUCGCGCCGCUGCGCCGCGCGUACGGCACAUGGCACGACGUUGGCGCCGCGUGGCUCGCGGGCCGCCGCUGGUGGUCCGCGUCGAUCGGCGACCCGCACGACAAGCGCCAGGCGGCCAUCCUCGAGGUGGCUGAGGGGCCGGAGGGGCCGUGGGGACACCUCCCGUGGACGCUGCCUGUCCCCGCGCCGCAGGGGGUGUUCGUCCGCGCGUUGCUUGAGGAGGGCAUCGCGGAGCCGCUGUCGCCGCAUGAUGUCGACAGCGCGACGCAGGAGGCGUUGGAGCUGGACCACUACAUCAAGGGGUUUAGCGAGAAGCAGUAG